AACCGGGCACAUCCGUAUGUUGUAAUUGUAAAUUUGUAACCCUUCCCAAGGAACCGAAGCCUGCGAUUGGGCCAGCGUAAAGCCCAAAUUGAGAAGAGAGGAUUGAGCGCCCGUGAUUGCAAGGAUCAGGAAAAGAGGAAUAGAGAAAAGAUGGGGAAGCAGCCAGUGAGGAUGAGAGCUGUGAUUUACGCGCUCUCCCCUUUCCAGCAGAAGACGGUUUCCGGUCUCUGGAACGAUCUCCCUUCCAAGAUCCACCACAAGGUCUCCGAGAACUGGCUCAGCGCAACCCUCCUUCUCACCCCUGUCGUCGGCGUCUACUCGGUAUGUCCAGCACUACCAGGAAAAAGAGAAGUUGGAGCACAGGUACUGAGCUAAAGCUAAAGCAUGUGGUGGAAGAAGUCGUUUCCAGUUGUUUCACCUUUGCCAAAUAAUUUUCCGAGAUGAGAACUUUGCUUGCGCAGUGGUUCAAAACCCAUUUUCUUUAUAUGAAUUACUCUGAUGUUCAGCCGUCCUUUAGGUCUGUUUUGCCUAUGAAUUGUGGGUGUGGCAAGGAUGGUCCUAUUUUAGGUACAACCGAAGUGGAAUAUCAUGAGUUGUCUCCUUUGAAUUUGAUUUGAAUGCAAUGAAUGGUUUGAUCUGAGGUUCUACUAUGAAACCUGUGAAGCAAUGCUAGCACUUCUUCUAUGUUUUAAAUUAUUGGUGCCUUAAAGUUAUAUUGUACCAUAAGGAAAUUUGACAUUUU